AUGACAUCAUUAUCUACUCUGAUUGGCUCGGUGGUUGAGUCAAAGAAUACAUCAGCACCAUACUCAAUUAUUGCAUUAUCAUCAUCAUGUGAUUCCAUCUCCAUUGAGGAUAUUUGUGGCAAUCUGAAUAAAUUAAAGAAGGAUCAUGAGGCAACAGCCAAAGCAUGUCUCAAAGCAAAGAAAGAUAAAACAAGCCUUCACAAAUUGACCGAACAACAUUCGGAAGAAAUUCAAAAACUUAAACCUUACAUUGAUCAACUAAUUCAAAACAAGUUGAAAUUAGAACAAAAGAUCUUUGAUUUACAAUGGACAAGGCAAUUUAAAGAACAAGAAUUGGCUAGAGCAAAAUCCGAAAUAUCAGAUGAAUCAUCCAUCAAUGAAGCCUUAAUUGACUCGUAUGAAGUUUCUCUCCAAUCCAUUCAUGAUGAAUUACUCCUCUUCAAAUCUCGAAUGGAAGAAUCAACAAAGAUGAAAGAACACCUCUCCGAAGAAAUUCUUAGACAAGGCAAUAUCUUUUCAUCCCAAUGUCAGGAGAAGAGAGGAAAGGAGGUUGAAUUGAGAGAAAAGAUGGAAGAAACACAUCACCUUCAUGAGCUGUUGGAUUCUCUUGAGGAAACAUACACUGCUCUGUUGAAGGAGAAUGUUAAUCGAACUUCCAGUUCUAAUCAAUCACCACACUCAAAAUCCAAUGAAAAGCUAUUGCUAAUUGAACAACAAAAGUACUCCGAUCAAUUGAAGAAUAUCAACAACGAAUUGAGAGAGUUGAGACAAAAGAAGCAAUCUCUCGCUCAACAAAUUGAUUCCAAGAAGAAACUUAAAGAAGCCAUGAAUGAAGAGUUGAAGAAUCUAGCAAGGGAAUUGAAAAGUAAGGGCAUUGGUAACAAUUCAGACACAAGAAGGGUAGCUGAGAAUAGCUCUGCAGCAGAUUUGACAAGCCCAUUCUCUAAUCAUUUUUCUGCACCAAAAACUCCUGCGCCUUCAGCUCAAAAGUUUUCAUUCAAGAGAACUGUAGUCAAUCACGACCCUCAAAAGAUCUCAGCAACAACUCCAGAUAUCAGACUUCUCAAGAGAAAAACCUCCCCAAACGAAAAUGUAAUUGAUAAUGCUAAUCAGAACAACAAUUCUUCCCGUGUCGACAUUUCAUCCUUUGCUUAUAAGAAGAAUGAUUUCAGAAAGGCCUCUGAUAUUAACAGUGUCAGUAAUUCCUCAAACAAUAGUAGCAGCAGCACUCCGACAACCUACACAUUCAAAAAGUUGAAAAAAGACUAG